AUGGAGCCGAGGGAUGUCAUCUAUGCCCUGUGCGGGAUUUCGGCGGACGCGAGCGGUCCAGACGUCCUGACGCCCGACUACUCGAUGCCGGCGCAGGAGCCGACAAGGAAAAUCUCCGAGUUCUUAUUCCGCCACGACCUGACCAAGAUGCCGGGUUCGGGAAUAGUAAGCACCAAAGAUCUCGCCAUGCGCGUAGAGCAGCUCAACAGCAUGGCUAUCCUUGUUCACCUCGAGAACAGAAACGAGAAAUUGUGCACGGGGCUCGUCAACCGCGUCACCGAGACAUCGACGCUGAAAGUUGUGGGCGCUUGCGCGCGUUUGUAUGGUUCAGCAAGGCUGAUCAGUGUAACGAGGAAACGCGGCGUCGUUGUACCGAAACCAGACAGCCCACGGGAUAUCUUUCGGGAUGCCGGACUCGACGUUACUGAGUUUCUCUCCAUCCAGCGUCCGCGCAGCAUCCUAGUCACGGCCGGUCUCUUGACCGCCGCGCUCCAGCACUGCGACUGGGACGUCGUUUUCCUGCUUCUCGAGAAAACCCCGUUUGAAUGCUUUCUUCCACGGUCGGUCGGCGGUUGA